UUCAAACUGCAGUAACCUUUAAAUCAUGAUAUUUAGAACAGGUUUCAGCAAGAUGGAUGCCCUGCCCCUUCAGGGUGUUUUUUUGGUGUAAAGUUCACGGCACAUUUAAGCCAUAAAGAGUCAGGUUUUCACUCGCCCUGCGGAUGUUUGGAUCACUGAGUUCUGUAUCCUGUGGGCCAAAUAACAGCGGUUCAAAAUAAUUUAUAUUCCAUAUGCAGGCCUGAUUAGUGUUCUGCAGCGUUACUCUUUUGCACUGUACUGUAAUUUCCCAGCCUGUCAUCAAUAAAGUAUAUCUAUCUAUCUAUCUAUCUAUCUAUCUAUCUAUCUAUCUAUCUAUCUAUCUAUCUUUUACUCCUCUACAUGUGAGAGAGAAAUAUGUUCCUGCAGAAUCUUAUUUAAUCAUUUAGUCUAUAAUUAAAUCCUAACAUCUUUUAAAUCAAAAUAAAGUAUAUAGUAUAAUGUAGUUAUUGUUAUUUAUUGUUGUUGUUGUUACUGAGGUUCAAGUUCUGUCCAGCAGGGGGCACUAACGGAGGCAUCAUCUAAUCUGAACUCUGUACACGAAGCAGAGACAGUAGCCAAUGAGCGAUCAGCAGCCGCUGGCCCGGCGCCUGCGCCUUAGACGCAUGAUAUUUUUGUUGAUAUGUUUAUGGUUGGGUUUUAAUGACUGUUUCCGCAGGUUCUAGUGUUCCAGUGAGUGUGUCGUCCCGCGGUCUGGUCUGAUGGAAAACGCAAGAGACCUGGCGGAGCGUCCGUCCAGGAAGCGCCAUGACUCCUUCGGGAUGCUGGAGGGUUUGGAGGAGGAUCACAGCAGCUGCAGCACCGAGUCCAGCGGGGGGAGCGGAGCCUCCAGCCCUGAGGACAGUGACGAGGAAGAGCUGGGUGGUGGUGGUGGAGGAGGAGGAGGAGGAGGAGGAGGGGGAGGUGUGACGCAACUCACUCCCUCCUCCUCCUCCUCCUCCUCCCUGACGCUUAUCAAGAACAACGGACAGGUGUACACCUACCCUGACGGAAAGGCCGGCAUGGCGACCUGUGAGAUGUGUGGUAUGGUGGGAGUCAGAGAUGCUUUCUACAGUAAAACCAAACGUUUCUGCAGCGUCUCCUGCUCCAGAAGUUACUCCUCCAACUCCAAGAAGGCCAGCAUCCUCGCCAGGCUGCAGGGGAAGCCACCCACUAAGAAGGCCAAGGUUCUGCACAAACAGCCUCUGAUGACCAAACUGGCUGCUUACGCUCAGCAUCAAGCCAACCAGCAGGGUGGCGUCAAGAAGAGCGUACCUGUGGAGGUGUUCGACUGGGGUCGUUACCUUGGAGACGGAGACGUGACGGGAGCGCCGGUCAGCUGCUUCAAACACGUGCCGAUGGGGAAGUCGUGGGACGACAUCAGUGAAGGCGUCCGAGUCGAAGUCCCAAACACUGACAGCAGCCUGCCCAUGAAGGUUUACUGGAUCGCAGGAAUCAUCAAACUGGCUGGUUUUAAGGCCUUGCUGCGAUACGAGGGUUUCGACAGCGACUCCACCAGAGAUUUCUGGCUGAACCUGUGUGUCCCGGACAUCCACCCGGUCGGCUGGUGUGCUGCUGGAGGCAAACCUCUGGUCCCCCCUCAGACCCUCCUCCACAGGUUCACCAACUGGAAGACGUUUUUGAUCAAAAGACUGACGGGAUCCAAAACUCUGCCGCCAGACUUCUCCUCCAAGGUCCAGGACAGCAUGCAGGUUCCCUUUAAGAAACAGAUGAGGGUGGAGGUGGUGGACAAAACUCACCUGUGUCGGACUCGGGUCGCCCUGGUCGAACAGGUGAUCGGUGGUCGUCUCCGGCUGGUGUACGAGGAGUGUGAAGAUGGGACGGACGACUUCUGGUGUCACAUGUAUAGCCCUCUGAUCCACAGCAUCGGCUGGUCUCGAUCCAUCGGACACCGCUUCAAACGCUCCGAUGUGUCAAAGAAGCUGUGUGGUCAGAUGGACGCUCCCGGACAGCUGUUUGCCAAGGUGAAGGAGGUGGAUCAGAGCGGCCCCUGGUUUGAAGAUGGGAUGAAGCUGGAAGCCAUCGACCCCUUGAACCUGUCCGCCAUCUGCGUGGCCACGGUCAGGAAGGUCCUGGCAGACGGAUAUCUGAUGAUCGGUAUCGAUGGGUCGGAGGCGGCUGACGGUUCAGACUGGUUCUGUUAUCACGCCACCUCUCCCUCCAUCUUCCCAUCUGGCUUCUGUGAGAUCAAUAACAUCGAGCUGACCCCCCCCAGAGGUUACACCAAUCUUCCCUUCAGAUGGUUUGAGUAUCUGAAGGAGACCAAGUCUGUGGCUGCUCCAGUCACCCUCUUCAACAAGGAUGUCCCUAACCACGGAUUUCGUCCCGGUAUGAAGCUGGAGGCCGUGGACCUCAUGGAGCCCAGGCUAGUCUGCGUCGCUACGGUGACCCGCAUUGUCCACAGGUUGCUACGGAUACACUUUGACGGCUGGGAGGAUGAGUAUGACCAGUGGGUGGAUUGCGAGUCACCUGACCUGUACCCAGUGGGCUGGUGUCAGCUGACUGGAUACCAGUUGCAGCCUCCUGCUGUUAAUGCAGGUUCCAGAGAGCUACAGUCUGCAGCAUCCAAACAGAGGAAAAGGUCCCAGCAGUACAAGGGACAAAAGAAAAAGAGGAAGUUGCCCAUCGCUAAGCGACCAGUCAGUCUCUCUGGCGCCAUGGUAACGGGCAUCCCCAGGAGCCUCUCAGGAGAUGAGAAUGAGACUCCCAAUUAUCCAUCACCCCCUACUCCUGCCUCAGCAUCCCAGCCUCCGUCUGUCGACCUGGAGAGCAGCCCGAACACUGAGGGAGGGACAGUUUUACAAAUUAAAGAAGGCAAUUUGGAAGGAACAGAAUUAACUUCUGAAAGAACUGAAACAGAAACCAACGGAUCUUCUGGAGAAUUCUUCAUCAAUCAGGACCAGUAGGCUGCACCAUACCUCUUUUCUUUUGUCUCUCCAUCCAUUUGUUUGUAGAAUUAUGAGUUUCACAUCUCAUCAGAUCAGAUUUCUUUAUUUUUAAAACAUGAUUUAACCCCAGGCUAACCUUUGUUUUAGCCUGUGUGAACAUGGCAUACUCUGCCUCAGUGUCGACCUGUUGACCUCCAUAUUAACAUCCGCAGAUUUUAGAUUUCAGUCUUCUCUUACUGCCUGGUCAGACCACAAAGUGGAACAGGAAAAAUGUAGACACGUCUUGUCCUGGAUAUUGUUUCCAGGACUUGGGAGCUUCAGCACCCUGGGUGGGGGAGUUUACAUUCUACAGUACUGCAAUUCUGUAAGCAGUAUGCUAACUGUCAACAUGCUACGUAGGUGGGAUUAUGCAGGUAAAAUAGCACUUACAGUAAGCUGGCACUGGCAUGGUGUGGUCAUCAAACCAGUUGUAAAAGCAGUUUAAUCAGAGCCAAAGUGUUGCUGUCCUAAGCGCAGUUAAUUAAAAGAGGCUACAGGCCAUAUAUGUUGUUUAAAUUACAUUCAAAUUACGAGAAUUAUCUUACAGGAGCUUGUUAUAGUUUUCAACAACAUUUCGAUGAUUUAAAACCAGCCAAAUGCAAGUUAAGUUUGGCUUAAGUUGUUUUAACAAGAAAAAUCUAAAAAUUUGUUUAAUCUGUGUAUUCACACUGGGCUGUAGCUUGUCACAUGCUAGCACUAGAAGAAAUUUGGUUUUUAUAUUAUUUAUGACUGAAUCUCAUAAUUUAUUUUGGAAUUACCUGAUUUUGAGCUGAAAUUCAAUGUCGGUCUGACCAGGCCUUUAUUCUUUAAUUUCCCAAACUCAGUCUUGUUCCCUUUCCCUUUUUCGGCUUUCUCAAGAACAAUAUUUCACAGUGUGGGAAUAUGGCCCUAUUGCUGUCCAAGUAUAACUACAUGCUCAUGCAAUCUUCUGACUGAGCAACAAGGGCAAAAAAUAAGAUAAAGGAGGACGUCCCGGAAAGGAGUGUUGAUCACCUUUAGUUCCUCUGAAAGGAAGAAAAGUAAUCAAUAAGAGGGAAAAAAUGCAACAAGAUGAGAAAACAUUUGAAUUAUGAUUUUUUUUCAACACUAAGAUCUGACAGGUUUACAUGGUGCGUUCAAAGGACAGAACUCAAUGUAAUCAUGUCAUGUUGAGACUAGCAGUCAUUUAAAACUUGUGUGUGUGCGUGAGUGAGUGCUCUGGUUUGGAUCCUGGAAUGAUGAGUUGUCAGGACGCCACGUAAUGAGAAACCAGCUAACAAGAGCCACUGCAGUUACUGAUUUUCUUUUUUGAACCACUGCUCAAUGUCUGCCUUGUUACAGAAUCAUGUUCAGCAGACCACAGCAUCUGUAGCUGGAGACGCUUUCACGUGAUGACGUAGCAGAAUAUAGUGGCUGCAGUAUAUUGUAUUGUUUCUAUAUGGGAAGCAUCAGUGUGAUGUAAAGUUUAAAACCAGCCAAACAAAUGAGGUUUGUCUUAAAGUGUUUAAUGAAGCCUCUUCUCCACAUAAACAUCCUCUUCAUCUGAGAAGAAACAAAACAAAACAUGUUUUGUUCCAAAAAUCAGUUAAAUCAUAGUUACAGGGGUUUGUCAGAGUAAGUGCAAUAAAUAAAUGCCCAAACAAAUGCAAUAAGAGAUUAAUGUAGGUAUGAGUAUAAAAUGAGUGUAAAAUCUCAAAACUGCCAAUUUGAGUUUGAGGACCAAUGCCAAAAUGGUCCAACAACCUUUUACCAUUUAAUUUAAUUUUUUUUGGUGUGUGUGUUUAUUUUAUCUAAUAUUUUGUUCUCCGGAUUGCGUAUCAUUCUUGUUAUAGAGUUAAAAAAAUGCUCUCUAAGGUAACUUUCUACUUUCUAUUACUGAAAGCAAAACUCUAAGUUGCCAAUGGACGAUAAUACAUUCAGAGUUUGUUCGAGACAUAUUGUCUCUGUUAUGGGGCGGGUUGUUUCAGCAGAGGAUUGGGUUACUUGUGUCUAGUAAAACUAAAUGCUAACAACACAACUACAUUAGCUUCCUCAGUUACAUUACCUUUGUUACGUUAGCUUCCUCUGUUACGUUAGCUUCCUCUGUUACAUUGCCUUUGUUACGUUAGCUUCCUCUGUUACGUUAGCUUCCUCUGUUACAUUGCCUUUGUUACGUUAGCUUCCUCAGUUACAUUACCUUUGUUACGUUAGCUUCCUGUUAUGUUAGCUUCCUCUGUUACGUUAGCUUCCUCUGUUACAUUGCCUUUGUUACGUUAGCUUCCUCUGUUACAUUAGCUUCCUCUGUGACAUUGCCUUUGUUACGUUAGCUUCCUCUGUUACGUUAGCUUCCUCUGUUACGUUAGCUUUCUCUGUUACGUUAGCUUCCUCUGUUACAUUGCCUUUGUUACGUUAGCUUCCUCUGUUACGUUAGCUUCCUCUGUUACAUUAGCUAUGUUCUGUUUUUGAUUCAGACUCUCAGUUCUCUCAAAAGUCAGCAUUGAUGAGACUGCUUGCUAAUGGGCUUCUGACUUUAAUACUCACAGUGAAUCUCCCUGUUUUGUUGUUUCGAGAUCUAACUUAAAUUUGUACUGGGAUGCUCCCAUUAGUCCCCAGUGUGUUACUGGGUGGCUCCGUGGUUAUGAUUGUAUGUAUGAAUGUAAAGCAGGGUGUUGACAAAAUGAAGUGCAUAAAGUGAAACUUCCCUCGAUAAACAAGAGCAUGUCUAUGCUCACAGGGUCCUCUGUUUCCCAGCUCAAUAUUCUAUUAAUAUGACUCAUUUAGGAGCCCUUCUACACUGUUUUAUAUUCUCAGCAUGUUUUUACCAUAGAUCAAAUGUUAUAACCUUCUGAUGUCACACAAUGGCCAAACAUAUUUUUACCAUUCAAAUUCUAUGACUUUGUGAAUUUGAAUUUAAAAUUUCUUCCAUCUCACUUAGCCCACACCAAUAACUUACACUUGUAGUUUAUAUGAAGAGACACAUGUGGCUGGAACAGAGGACCAUGGGAACAUAAGGAUGAGCUCUGAUAAAUAAUGAAAUAUGUCUUGGACUUUGUCCAACAGAGUUCAGCAGCUAACAGUAAUUAUGUUUGUCUUCGAAUGCUAGCUAUUUAUACCUCAUGAAAAGUUUAUUAAAUAAUGACUGAAAGAUUCUUGUUGGCAAAACAAAAUGGUAUAAUAGAGAUUAUUUCAAAAACACAAAAGUAUAUUUGAAAAGGAAUUCUAGUAAUAAAGGUUAUCUUAAAAACUAAUUGUAAACAUAUAACUCCUCUGUAAUGAAAUAAAAAGACAUAAUAAAAAUGUGUUUCAAAUUUACCAAUACAGUAUUAUUAUACAACAAAUAUUUUGAGUUAUUUAACACCCAUGGAAGGGCAUGUCAUCCAACAAAUGCAAGAGCUUUAUUUAUGACCUCCAUAUACCACAAUUACUUCAGACUUUUAAAAAACGUUUGUAGCAGUCAAAUCAAAACUUAGCACAUUAUGAAGAGCAUUUUGGAAAAGCUCAUUUUGUUGCGAUGAAAAAUGCUGCCUUACUGUGUAGAGGCUAAAAUGAAGAGAAAUGAUGCCUUUGAAUGUGUAUUUGUGUUAAGAAGACAGACUUGUGUAAAAUGAUAUUGAUGAUUGUUGGUGCUGACAGUAGCAGAUUCAGCAUAAUUUGAUUUAAACAUUUUCUGUGAUCUUUUCUAUGAUGUUCAGUGUUAGUUUUGUCUGUGCCUGUGUGUAACUGAAAAUAUGUUAAGGGUUUGUAGAGACAAUAAGAUGGUAAUAAUGUCAGUUUUAAGUGUCUUGAGUUAUUUUUCAAAGGACAGUUUUUAAUGUUGCCUAGUUAAUGUGCAUUUGAUUCAAGCCCCAGCCCCUUUUUGUGUCUCUGGACUUGUUGUCAGUAGUUUGCAGCAAUGUUAACCAUAAUCACAACCUCUCCAGUGCCAUUCCUAGUGUUAUCAGAAGCAGAUUCUGGGGCCAAGUUGGUCCUUGAAGAUCCAUUUUGGCAUCUAGUAUUUGUAAACUUGUCUAGCUAACAAUACAGUUACAAAAGACCCCAGCAACUACAGUGUAAGCGACAAUCUAAUCUAAUUAAUAGUGUUCAUUUUGUUAAUGAAAACUAUAACAGAAAAUCAAAUUUUUAGAGAAUUUGUGCUCACAUUGUCAAUUCAGUUAGGUUUCUGCAAGUAAUAUUAGCUGCUAUUAAUGUAAAAAAGAUUGGUGGGAUAAACCAACAUUAAAGUACCUUUAAGAGAUGUGGAUAUAAGCCUCAGAAUAAGCCUGUGAAUAUUCUCAUUCAUCCAGGUCAUGGUUAUCUCAAGGAAAUUCAAUCGAACGCAACUGGAGAAUGCAAGCCUCAGAAUGUUUGGGAAAAUGAGAAUAAAGUUUCAUUGGCAAAAAAAAAGAAAAAAAAAUCAAAAUCAG